AUGCCCCCGAGCAAAGGAGGAACCAAAUUCGUCGUUGACUAUUUCACCAAGAGGGCAAAAGCCGAGGCAAUGACAAUAGUACCUGCUAAAAGUGUGACAAGAUUUAUAUGGAAGGCAAUCGUAUGUAGAUUUGGGAUACUGCAAAGCAUCAUCUCCAACAACGGCAAGCAGUUUGAUUCAAAGCAUUAUUGUAGGUGGUGUUCAAAACUCGGGAUCAAAGUCAAGUAUUCAUCUCCCAGACACCCACAGGCAAACGGACAAGUCGAAGCAACCAACAAGACCAUAAUGGGGAUAUUGAAAAAGAAGGUAGGCGGAAAGAAAGGGGCAUGGGCAGAUGAACUCCCCGAGAUCUUAUGGGAGUACAAGACAACACUCAUGACGUCAACAGGAGAAACGCCUUUCGCCCUGGCAUAUGGAACCAAAGCUAUGAUACCUGUAGAAGUGGGGAUUCCAAGCCACAGGAAGCUCAACUUCGACGCCAAUGAAAAUGGAAAGAAGCUAGAAGAGCAUCUAGACCUACUAGAAGAAAGAAGAGCGAAUGCUGAGACAAGGGUGGUUGCCUACAAGAGGAAGACGAAUCAAUAUUUCAACAAGAUAGUAAGGCCGAGGUCCUUCAAGGUUAGCGACCUGGUGUUAAAAGAAACCGGGGGUGACCACCGCAGAAGAAUGAAAGUUGGGCCCAAGAUGGGAGGGGACAUAUGUAAUCACGGGCAGUACUCGCCAGGGAGCCUAUCUCCUAAAUGA